GCAUAUAUUGAUAAGGAUGCCACAUCCCUCCGCCCCACCCUUACCGAUCACAGUUAUUAGGAAGCGCCGCACCACCUUGUGGCAAACUCCUAUAACAUUCUCCUUGAAACUCAAACCCAAGAUCAGUCCGCGCACAUGGCAUUCUACGCGCGAGCGCGCCGACAAAAGCACGCGAGCAUCCACGACCCGGCGGUGCGCCCGCUGCGCCUGGCGGUGCUGAAGGCAGCGGGGAUCAACCUGGUGGUGCUGCAGGUGCUGUUCCUGGGCCUGUUCUGUUACUUAUUCGGCUCGCUCUUCCAGCAGACCACGCACGUGCAUAAUCUAAACGUGGUGUUCGUGGACUACGACGGCGGGGCGAUCGGCGCCGCGGUGCGCACUGCGUACCAGCAGCUGCGCGGGCCGGGCUUCCCAACCCUAACGGAGCAUCCGGUGACAGCUUACCCCGAGCCCGAGAUCAUCACUUCUGCUGUCUGCGGCAUCGACUACUGGGGCGGGCUGUACACGAGUCCGAACGCCUCGAACCAGCUGGCCGCCGCGUUGGGGGGUGGAACACCGCACAAUGCCAGCGACAUCCUGACGCUGGUAUGGAAUGAAGCGCGCUACUCGACGGUCGUCGACUCCGCCAUCGCCAGCAGUAUGGAGACACUCGCCGACGCCGCGCGCACAGCCUACACGCAAACCCUCAACCUCAGUCUCGCCCCAACAACAGCCACAACCCUAACAACCCUAACAACACCCUGGACCCUGAGCACCAUCAACAUCCAACCCACCACGCAAGGCUCCCGCCUAGUCUACAACACCCUCGUAAUCAUCCUAAUCAUGAUCCAAGAGUUCUUCUACCUGGGGUACAUCAACACAGUCUACCAACAAUUCCACCUCUACACGGCCGUGGCCCCGCACCGGAUCGCACUCAUCCGACAGCUCCUAGCCGGGACGUACACAAUGCUGGGCUCGCUGUGCACGGCGGGCGCCGUCUGGGCCUUCAAGUACGGGUGGCAGGUAAGCGGGGCGCAGUUCGUGCUGACCUGGCUGGCGCUGUGGUUGUUUGCGCACGUCAAUUUUCUAGUGUUGGACGUGUUCACCGUCUGGAUCCCCGCGCCCUUCGUGCCCAUGGCGCUGAUCUCGUGGAUCGUGCUGAAUACUACCUCGAUCUUGCUGCCGUUUGAGCUGGCGCCGGCGUUUUACCGCUGGGCGUAUGCGUUGCCUGCGCAUGCGGUGUUUCAGGUGCUGGUUGAUAUCUGGUCCGCGGGCUGUAAUCCCAUGCUUGCGUAUGCGUUGCCUGUGCUGUUUGGGUUUCAGGUUGUUGGGUUGGGGCUGAGUACCCUUGGUGUGUAUCGUCGGGCGCAUUAUGCUGUUAUUGCCAGGGAGGUCGACGAGCGGGGGUGCAGGGAGAAGGUUGCUGCUGCUGUUUUGGCGGAGAAGCAGGAACGAGCUGAUCGGGGGACGGGGGAGGGGGUCGAGGAUGAGGAUGAGGAGGAACAUGCCUCGGGGUCGGCGUCGAUGCGGGCGAUGGGAAGUGGCUUAAGGGAGGAGCGAGACAGAGGGCAUGUUGCUACGGCUGCAGGACAGGAGGAGAGGGAGGGGCGUAUGAUGGGGCAGUUGGUGCGCGAGAUGUCGCAGGUCGAGCGGACGGCGACUCGGAAACAGAAUCCAGGGCCGUGUUUUGAUCUUCCUUAUACUGAGUAG